CUUCAGACCUCCCUCUGUCCCCCUGCCUCCCUGCCUCCCCCCUCUCGGCCUCCCCUCUCUCUCUCUCUCUCUCUCUCUCUCUCCCUCCCUGGUCGAGCACCACCUGUGGCGGAUGAGUCAGCCUCCACCUCCGGCGCGUGUGACCCCCGCAGCUGUUUGGGGACAGAGUCCGCCCGCAGACCGGCUCCGGGAGAGAGCGCGGAUCUGUCAGAGCGGCUGAACCCUUUCCGUUAAUGAUCUGCCCACGCCACGAUGCUCCGCGCCGCGCCGCGCCGCUCCGCGCACUCUCACCGAGGUUUCCGCCUGUUUGACAUCACCGCCGCGCGCCUGACGCUCAUUGUUCUGCAAGUUUUCUCCGUCGCUUCCGCUUCGUCUCCUCUCCUCUAAGGUGUGAUUUGGCUCGAGCAGCUCCCGGGGAUCAUUUCGUGUCCACGCGCAGUAAUGCGAGCAGCGGCGGCGGGGCUCGAGGCUGGCGGAGAAGAGCGGGACUGAGGCGGACAUCUCGAGGCGGACACGGUGCGCGUCUUUCUUGGACCCCUCUCGGAGGAAACAGCGGUUCGGUUCGGUUCGGCUCUGCCAGCCUCCUUCUUCUUUGAGAUGUCUGCGAGGAAGACGUCGUUGACGGACAAGCAGAGUAAAAACGGAACCUCCAAAUAUGUGCUGGAGAGAUGCGCGUCUAUUAACGAGUAUUAUGAUAUUGCCUUUAAGGUGUGUAUGUCCGUCUCUGCGUGCGUGUGCGUGUGUGUGUGUGUAGACUCAGGAACAACAUGCAUGCUGACAUGUGGAGAAGUGUUGUGCAUGAGAACAUGAACAGAAGUGAAAAUCAGAAACUCCAGGUGUGGAUUUAGAUGCUCCUCGUUAGAGAGGCCACACACACACACACACAGACACACACACACACACACACACACACACACACUCUCUCUCUCUCUCUCUCUCUCUCUCUCCCUGUAAAUCUCUUUAUCCGCCCUCUCUGAUCUGUAAAUAUUUGCUGAGGGUGGACUUGUUGCUUCUUCUUCUUGUCUCCUCUCAUGUUUCUGCACAGACACACCUGUAACGGCUCAGCAGACAAAAGCAGAAGUUAAAAUCAGGUUGAAUUGCAUGCCUGUCUGUAUGUUUGUGUGUCUGUGACUCACUGUGAGAACAUGUCAGCCCUGCAUCACGUUAAGGAGCAGGAUGGUUGUUUAACCGCUCCUCCUGCUCCUCCUGCUCCUCCUCCUGAUGAUGAUCCAUCAGUUUCAGAGGAUGCAGUUUGGAUCUCCUCUCUCCUGAGCUGUCAGAGCGUCACAUGUUGUUGGCAGCUCAGUCAGCUGUGUCUCUAAUGUAAACCAGCUGACAGUAACAUCAUCAGAGAGGAGACCUUCAUAAAGAAACAGUUCCUGCAGUUUUAGUUCCUCUCAGGCUGUACCAGGUACCAGGUACCUGGUACCAGGUCUGUGUUUGGUUGAUGUUUGUUUGUCUCCGGCUGUAACCUCCUCCUCUCCUCUUCUUCUUCUCUGGUGCUGCCUCGGCUCUAGGUGAUGCUCCUGGGAGACUCAGCCGUGGGGAAGACGUGCAUCUUGGUGCGCUUUAAAGACGGUGCAUUUCUGGGAGGAAACUUUAUUGCCACCGUUGGAAUAGACUUUAGGGUGAGAGAGACCGUCACAACCUUCUCUGUGUGUUUCUGAGCUGCUGAAGAGCCUCUGGAGACCCUGAUCUAUGACAGAGCCUCAGUCAGUGAGAAUCGGAGAUAAAAAGACUUGGAGUCAGUACGGCGCCCCCUGUUGACAGAGCAGCAGUCUUAUACUCUGUCCUGCACGUGAAUUCAAAUGUUUUUGAACAAUAAUAAUUAAUAAUAAUUAAGUUAAAUGUUAAUAACAGCACAUUAGGUCUGCGGCCGUAAAUUGCAGCGUGUUUGACACCCACCAGGGGGCAGCAGUGAGAUAUCAGCAUAGAGAUAAUCUGUCCGUUCACAUUCACAGAUCUUUGUUUAGCUCCUAUUUCAGGCUAACAGACUCGACAUGUUUUUGAGUAUUUCAACGUAAUAAAAACGUCUGAAAAACUCUAACGAGAAUGCCUGACCAGAAGGUGGCGCUAGAGUGCAAUUAGAACGCCAUAUCAAACUCCAUAGAAGAACAUUUUAUCGAGCGUCUUCAAGAGUGAAGAAGUAAAGCGAACUUUCCUCCUGACAGUUGAACCCGACAGAACUGAGUCGAUGUUCGCAAACUGAUAACCUGUAAAUAUGAACGACCAUCGCCAUUGGCUCGUUGAGUUUACAAUGUCAGUGUUUCUUAAAAUCUUCGUUUUAGCCGUCGGCGCCGACACACGCUGAGCGGACGAUUUAAUAAUCUUCAAUUUAAAAAUUCUGUUUUUAUAAUAUAUAAAAAAACUCUGAGGAGGAUUUUAAUUCUGGUUCUUAACGAGUGUUUUUACGAACAGGGCUGUUUUAGCGCCCCCCUGUGGACAAAGUGCUGCAAGUAUUGAUUAUGUACGUAUUCAACAGUCUGAUUUUUCUCUCUGUGUUUUUGUUUCUGUUAAAAUUGUAAAAAAAAAAAAAAAAGUUGUGCCGUUAAACGCUUCACCAGAAACACCCACCAGGGGGCAGCAGUGAAGGAGACGGCUUGUUUCCUUGUUUAAGGUUAAACAGAGACGUUAUUUCAGCGAGUUAAAUCUCCUCACGGCGGGUUCAAGUCUCCGUAGAUUUCAGGUUUUGUAAAUUUGGACGUUUAUUUUAAAUGUCGGACGAGUUAGCGUCUGUCAGGAUGAUCGUGGCUUGAGUUCAGUCUCUGUGAAGCUCCGCCUGUCGAAACAGAGCCGUAAUAAUUUCAUGUUUCAGUCACGACGUGUGAACAGACGGGUCAACCAGCUGACAUGAAUCCUGUCAGGCUCCUCCCCCUGGUUCUGACUCAUGUCGCUCAGAUAAACAGAGUCUGAAUACGGUUACUGUCACACGCUUUUACAGAUGUCAAUCAAACAUGAACAGCCACGCCCUCACACGCUCUGACAGAGGUUAACGUCGCUCCGAUAUAAACUCGAUUCUCCUGAAGCUGCAGCGGUUCAGAGCGCGGGUUCGAUUCCUGUUCAACACUUCAGUGUCUGAAAAACAACCCUGAUGGUAUUUACGCCGCCGCCGCCGCACAGGGAUCCACUCGUGAGUGACAGCAGCCCAAUUAUCACCUCCAGUUCACGCACAACACUUCAUCUCUGGGCGCCGAUCGCACCAAAUGUACGAACCCUCUCACCAAUCAGACGAGUUCACAGACCACUUGUGCUGCGAGGCGCUCAGGACCGACUCAGAAACGUCUCUGCAGAUGCCCGCCCACGUCCCUGUCUGCUGCUGCUGCCAUUGGCUGCCGCUCAACUCGGUCCUGGAGGAGUCACACCGCUGACAGACGAGCUCCUGUACCACCUCACACACACACACACAGAAACACACACACACACACACACUCACACACACUCACACACACACACACACACUCACACUCGUACAGAAACUCCUAACUGCUGUUUUCCUCCCUCUGUCCGAGUCAGCCGCUCAUCCUCGGUUUUCCUCCAAUCACGGCCAAACACUCAGACUAAUGGCGGGUCAAGUAGCGGCGAUUUAAGGAGGAAGUUGUGUUGCAUUAGUCGGAGUGAUGUAUCGUCUUCUUGGGAUGGCGGUGGAGACAUUAGGGAGGAUAAUGGACGCCUGACAGAUGGAGCUGUAAAGCAGAAACGUCUCAUCUGUGAGGCCGGCGUCCAAUCAGAGGAGGCGUGAGCAGAGAUCUGACUCUGGUUCACACUUGAGGAACGUGAUGCAUUCAGUGUCACGCUUUCAUUCAGAAGAAGGUCGUUAAUGUGAGCGAUUAGCUUUUGUUCUCCUGCAUUAGAGAGAUGAAGUGGAUAUGCUGAUGAGGAGGUUGUCCUCGGCGCUCCGUGGAUCAGCAGCGCGGCUGUUGUGGCAGCUUGGAACACGGCCGCUCUAUUUUCAGCAUCUUUCCUUGUAGCAGUUACUCAGCAUGCAGGCUCCUCUCACGUCAUAAUUGGGGGGAAAAUGGAAACCCAUGGCAACUAAUGCAGGGGUUGAAGCAUGUCCGCUCGGCAGAGGCGGAGGAUUCAGCAGGUGGCGGCUUCAGCAGAGGUUUCCUUUUGUUCCGUGCAGCUCUGUCCGUGUUUGUUUGUGUGUUUUAACUGGGAGGACUGGGCUGGUAAUGGUGACCUGUUACUGGUAUGAAGUUAUGAAGCUGAUGCAGGAAACGCUGCGGCUGCAUGACACUUCCUGCCUCUCUGUGUGUGUCUUUUGUGGUUUUUGCAGAGCGAGGUUGACAUGUUGUUGUGACCUGUUUUCUUCCUGCUGCAGGUCAGUGACGCAAAAAAAAAAAAAAACUCCUGUGAUGAACGAUUAACCCGAGAAACAACCCGGAGAACCUGUUCUGUCUCCUCAGAGCGGCGUGUUGGAGCGUGUUUUCAGACCUCAGAUCACCUCGACACAGAUUUCCACCAAAGAACCUGAACUUUAAAUAUUGAAGCAUCUAUGUUUAAACAUCUACGUUUGGACAUCAGUAUCUGCUCUCUCUGCCUCGGUCUGAGACUUCGAUCAGCCGCUCAGAGCCGGACUUCCUUUUUCUCUGGAAGUGACUCUGUGCAGUUUUUGCAAUCUCACAGAAACUGAAGAAGUAACUCUGAACUCAGAAACCAUCCGGAUGUUUCUGCACCACAAACUGACGUUUUCAGUUUCACCUGUUUCUGUGAAGUCUCAGUUUCUCUGUAAAAACUCCGUCUUCAAGAUUUACUAAAAAAAAUAUGUUGUAAUUAUUUUCACAGAAAUGAUUAAAUUCAAAUUUAAUUCUGCAGAAUCAAGUAAAUUUGAUUUUCCAUAAAUUAUAUAACAUUAGUGAAGAUAUUUAGGAUGAUCAGGAUGAAGGUGGAGAUCGGGGGUUAGAGUCAGCUUCUGAUUGGACAGCAGAUCAUAACAAAGAUGGCCGCCUCUGGUUCGUUCUGUCAACAGGAAUCAUUAAAGUUAAAACUAAAUCAUCACAGCUGAACUUUGUCAGGAUCAGGACCGUCUCUGAAAAUAAACCCGACCUUCUGUGAGACUGAAGACACUCGAGUCCUGCAGAGACUAAAGACUCGCCGUCUCACGAACAGAGUGGAUUUUAAAGUCGAUGUUGCGUCCUCCCGUUGAACUUUGAGAGCUGAUCCUGUAAACGACAGUAUUUCUGAUUCCUGUCCCUCUGCCUCCUUCAUCAGUCUUUGUUUUUUACCGUCUCAAACCUCCUCAUUUAUCCUGUUUUCCUGCUGAAGUAUCUGUGAUCUCUCCUCCUCCUCCUCCUCGUUCGCUGCUUCCUCCUCUCUCCACACUUUGGUCACGACGUGUUGUUAUGCAGUCGGGGUCUCAGAGGCUGAUUUCGGCCGUCCUCUGCGCUCAGGAAAUCAGAGGGCGCCCCUACAGGGCUGCAGGAAAUGAAUGGGGGAGUGGGCUGUUCUUCUCGCCGUGGUGUAAUUAAGUCUAAUCCCAGGACCUUGUUGUGGUGUGGGUGUUGUAAAUGAGUUUCUCUGCCAGCAUCCAAAGUUGUUUUUGUUUCCCAGACCUCCUGCUGAGUGUCUGAGCUUUUUUAGUCCGCCUGUGAUGUUCGUCAUCCGUCUCUGUGCGGCCUUCACGCCGUCACCCGUGUCUCCAAAGCAUAUGGUGGACUGUCAGUGUCUCUCUCAUGCACACAUGUCUCUCCUCUCUCUCCCUGCAGAAUAAAGUGGUGGACGUGGACAACCUGAAGGUCAAGCUGCAGGUGAGGACGUGCGCCUUUUCUCUUCACCUGCAUGAGACGCUGUUUUAUUCCAGUUUGUCAUCCUGGCAGUUAUUGAUCGGCUCAUCGAUCUGCGCUCGUCUGGGAGGUUUCAGCAGAAUCAAAGUGAUCGUCAAAAUAAAAGCUGCUCUUCAUACAUGUCACACUCACUUCACUCUCUCUGUUUGCAUCUCUGAUCCGCUUCAGGAGCGAGCUCUUUAAUCUGAAACCAGAAACUCGUUUUUCAUCAGGAGCGUUUCUUUAACUCCGAACAGCCGAGGACUGAAUUAGAUUUCUCCUGCUGCUGCAGCGAAGUCUUUGCUGUUUCCUGCACUGGCCUCGCACACGAGGAGGAAAAAACAACAACUUGUGAUUAUUUCCAAAAUAGACUGUGUCGGUUUGAGUCUGAGCAGAAGCAGAGAGGAGGAAGAAGAAGAAGAAGAAGAAAGCUCUGAGUAAAGAGAAGAAGGAUUAUCUUUGGGGCUGAAGAGAAAGGAUGUCAAGUCUAAUUCAGUCAUUUUUAGACGGUUUAUUAACCAAAAAUUAACGUUAAAAACGUUCAGUCAUGAAGAAAAAGAGUCAGCUUUAACAAACUAAGUCUGUUUUUAUAUUUACUCAUUAGUUUAUAUUCAGGACGUGUAAAUUUAUGAUCAAUAAGAGACUCGAUCAGACGAUGAACUGUUUUAGCUGAGUCAGCAUGACUCAGCAGUUUUUAGUCUCUGUUUAUGGUAAAUGUCGUUAAAGCUGUAAAAUUACUUUAAAGAUGAACGAUCGUUAAAUUAAUUUAAGGGUGUUGAUGUUAAUUUAGCUGCUGCUGAAUAUUUUUUAGAUCCUCUGAGAGUCAAAACAAAAAUAACACAUGUUCCGGGGUUCCCUUAAUUACAGUAUUAUGGUCGUUUACUCUGUGGCUGGUUUUGCUCGAUGCUAUCACCUUAGCUAGUUAACUCAGCUAAGUUAUUUUUUAAUAAUAUAAUUAAAACAUGAUUAUUUUUCUGGAUGAAAUAAUAAAACAACUCUUUUAGCCUCAAGGUUAGCAAAGAAAGGUCGUUUUAGCUAACUUGUUUAUCUUAUCUUUAAAUUAAUGCUAAAGCUAACGAAGUUCUGAUUUAAGCUGUUUUAUUUAUUAACUGCAGCUAGUGUGGCUAACGUUAGCAGAGCUAGCAUCUCCCUCACAGGUCAGUGUCGGCAGGUCUGUCCUGGUUUCACAUUUAAAAGGGCUAAAACCUGCAGUACCGUCAGUGUCCACUAGGGGCUGGCUGCUAAAGCUCCAGGAACCACAUACACACCCAUUCAAAAAUGUUUUCAGUUCAUUUUUCAGGAGAAUCUCGGCGCUCUCGCGUUUCCUGUUUGGUUUGUCGUUUCUUCCUGGUGUAACUCCGCCCUCUAAAGGACCUUGGUUUCUGCUGUAGUGGGCGGGGUUUCUCCUGCAGGAUGUGGCGUUUUUUUGGCGAGCUGCUGUGUAAUUUGUCGGUUUGUUUCGCAGAUCUGGGACACGGCGGGUCAGGAGAGAUUCCGCAGCGUAACGCACGCCUACUACAGAGACGCCCAGGGUAACCUUGGCGUUUUAUGACUCACUUCCUCCUGCUCUGAGUGUGUGUGUGUGUGUGUGUGUGUGUGUAUAAAGUGUGUGUAGGAGUGUUUGUGUUUGUUAUAUAAGAUAAUCUGCAGAUAACAGUCGAACGUUAACUUGAACAAACUCUCGUUUUCUCUCACAGCGUUACUCCUGCUCUACGACAUCACCAGCAAGCCGUCCUUUGACAACAUCAGGGUGAGACGCCUCAGAUGACUCCUCCCCCUUUCUCUCUUUCUCCUCCUCCCACACCUGAACGCCUCACUGUCUUCAUUUACAUGCAAAGUCCCAUCAUCAGACGUUUCCUCUGUGACAGUUUCAGGGCUGAAAAGAGUGACUCAGCUCUUCAUUCAUUCACUCACUCAUUUAUUCAUUCAUUGUCUGUAAAUGUUGUUUGUCUGCAGACUAAUCUCUCUCUCUGUCUGUGUUUGUUCCUCCGAAGGCCUGGCUCACUGAGAUCCACGAGUACGCCCAGAAGGAUGUGGUCAUCAUGUUGCUUGGAAACAAGGUGAGCUGCUCUUCCUUUCUUUACCUCACAUCAAACAGAUCAGGAGGAUAAGUGCUCCUGCUGCACAUUUACAGCACGCUCUUAUCACGCUGGUGCAGACGCUCAGAAAAUACCGUCACUGGAGACGCUGAAACCAACCUGAGCAGAAACGUUCACGUCGGCGUUUCUGAGUCUUUUACAUUUUUCCUUCAGAGGAAACGAAAUCAGCAAACAUGAACGUCUGUCCUCGUCUCUGUGAGUCUGUGACUGUGAGUCUGUGAGUCUGUGACUCUGUGAGUCUGUGAGUCUGUGAGUCUGUGAGUCUGUGAGUCUGUGACUCUGACUCUCUGAGUCUGUGAGUCUGUGAGUCUGUGACUCUGACUCUCUGAGUCUGUGAGUCUGUGAGUCUGUGACUCUGACUCUCUGAGUCUGUGAGUCUGUGAGUCUGUGACUCUGAGUCUGUAAGUCUGUGAGUCUGUGACUGUGAGUCUGUGAGUCUGUGAGUCUGUGACUCUGAGUCUGUGAGUCUGUGAGUCUGUGAGUCUGUGAGUCUGUGACUCUGACUCUCUGACUCUGUGACUCUGUGACUCUGUGAGUCUGUGAGUCUGUCGGCUCUGCAGCAUAUUGGAAAAGUGUGAAUUUGAUUUUCCAGAAAAGAGAAAAAAGAGUUGAAAUGAACUUUCUGUGAGAAGAAAAAGCUGCUUUAGUUCAGACUUCUCUGUAAAUAUUGAACUGUAAUAUAAUACUGUAAGAUUUACGCAGAGAUUCAGUUAUUAGGAAACUAACAGAAAGGAAACGACAUCUGAAUAACUGAGAGCAACAUUUCCACAGAGACUAAAGUGCAAAUAAUAAUAAUAAUAAUAAUUAUUAAUAAUAAUAAUAAUAAUAAUAAUAAUAAUAAUAAUAAUAAAUAAUAAUAAUUUAGACUUUUGAUUUUGGUUCAGGAGGAAAACAACAAUAUGGAGAGAACGGCGUUAAAUUCUGAAUUUUAAUACAAAUGUCUUUAAAUUAAAUGAACAAAGAUUAAACAUGAAUUAAAGGACUAAUUCAAAGACUUUAGUUUUGUGAAAGAAUAUUUGACUGUGAAGAAAAUCUUGUUUUUAAAGACGUUUGAACAGGAAGAAGAUUUUAAAGAUAAACUUUGAAAGUUUGUGAUUUUUCUGACUGAUUUUAACGACAUGAACUCACAGCGUCUGAAUCCAGCAGAGAGGACAGAUCAGCUGGUUUUGUUUAAAACGUCACCCUGCAGUACCUCAGGUGUCCACUAGAGGCUGGCUGCAGACGCUGAAGAAGUCACAUACACACCCAUUCAAAGAAGCCGAAAUAAACACGUUUACAGCCUCAUUAAAAAAACAACAGCUCUGAAUCAAAGUGGACAUCCGUCUGUUUCUGUCCGUUUGUCAUCGUGAUGGACGAUGUUUGGACUCCGGCUCUUCGACCCUCAAAUUUCAUUUUCUUAAAUCACUGAGAAGGUCAGACAGUCGGGUCUGCAGAGGUGAAACUGUAACAGAGACUCGAACCCUCAACCCGAAACUCCGUCUCUGAGCUGGUCUUUAAACCUUCGUCUCUCCUCCAGCGUUUAUCUCAGUGAGCGCCCUCUGCUGGUGCAGCAAAGACCUCUGCAGGGUCACAGAUGUCUCCAGCAGCUUUAGAUGGUUUUCCUCUUAAAGAUGAUGAAGGAGGAGGAGGAGGAGGAGGAGGAGGAGGAGUGUCUGACGUGUCAUCAGUCUGAGGAGGCUGGAGGCCUCGCUGCAGGAGAAGAGGAGGUUGAGCUGACAGGACGGUCCAUCUCUGCAGCGUCUGUAACCCUGCAGUGCCACCUGAUGAUUUGUUUUCUCCUCCUGCUGCUUUCUUACAGGCCGACAUGGCGGCAGAGCGGGUGGUGAAGACGGAGGACGGGGAGAGGCUGGCGAAGGUGGAGUAUGAGGAGUGUGACGCCUCCAUGUUUGAAUAAAUAAUCCAGCAGACGCUCCACUUCCUCUUCUCUUGUGUUUCUGAUGCAGGAGUACGGCGUGCCGUUCAUGGAGACCAGCGCCAAGACGGGAGUUAAUGUGGAGCUGGCCUUCCUCGCCAUCGCAAAGUGAGUUAAAGCCGCAGCGAUCAAUAAUUUCUCUGAACAAUAGAUGAUGUGUGAAGAUUGAAGAGCAGCGGCUCAGAGAGUCGAUCCUCUGAGGUGAUUUUACUGAGAGAAUCAGAGCUGAAGACGUUUCUGUGAAGGAGGUUAAAGUGUUAAAGUGAAACAUCAUAAUCAAUCUGAACUAUCAAUAUCUACUGAUCAGCACAAAGGGUUAAAGUUUGACCUUUGACCUCAAGUGUUUUCAGAGUCUAAGUUUUUAUUUUUGGACUUUCCUGCGAAUGAAGAAGUUUUUUAUAUAUCUAAGGUUAUAAAUGAGUGAGCAGAGUGUGAACAGCUCUUUAAAAUGAAAUCUAUACUCAGGUCUGACAGCUUUAAAGCCCCCUGGUGGUCAGCGAGGGAACUGCAGACAGUCUGUAAUAAAUCAUUUAGAACUAAAAAAAAAGUGACUUUAAUUUUUUCUGUUCAUCAUUUUGGUUUAAAAACUGAAAUAUUCUUUAAAAACCAUCUAAACACCAACUACCUGUUUUUAUGAACUGAUCAUCUGUUCUGAUUAUUCUUCAUGUUCGCUUCAAAAUGAUCGUGUUUAAGUUUUCAUAGAGACCAAAUAUUUAUUUAUUUAAACAGUCUGUUUGUUGGGAUUUUGCGAAAUAGAAAAACAUUCAUAUUCUAAAAACAGAUUAUAUAAAGAUUUAACCUAACACAGAACAGAGACCCGCCCUCAUCCCGACGGCGCCGCGCUCAAGCAGAAAGACAUAAAUAAAUAAACAAACAAACAAAUAAAGAGUUUGUUGACUUGAAGUGUCUGAAGAGUCUGUGUGUUUGUGUUUAUUAAAAAUCAGCUGCAGCUCUUUAAGAGGAAAAGUUCGUUUAGGACGUUCACUGACACUCGGGGUGGCCGGAUUUCAGAGGUGGCCCAUGCCCUGACUUAGAGACGGCCCUGUCUCCCUCAGCUCUGAGUCGUCUCUGUCCUCGUCCUCGUCCUCGGAGGUUCCUCUGACUCGCUCUGAUUCCUCCGACACUCGGAGGGUUUUUCUUCGUUUGUUGUUUGUUCGUCUCUCUCUCUCCUGGACUCACCUUCACUCACAGAGAAGGAAAAUGACGGUUUUUUGGCCUGAAAGUGACUUUGAGCUGCUGAGGAGACAGAAAAUGAUGGAGCAGGUUUUCAGAUAUUUACCGGUUUGAUGAAAUGAUUCAUCCUGGAGGCUUUUUGAUUAAAUCUCCACUCAGAGGGACUUUCUCUCUCGCUCUCCUCGUACUUCUCUUCCCAUCUCAUUUUCUAGAUUUGCCCUCUCUGUCUGUGCUGCGUCCCACACAUCCACCCCCUCUCUUUCUGACUCCCAGCAUCUCUCUCUCUCUCUCUCUCUCUCUCUCUCUCUCUCUCUCUCUCUCUCCAUCAGGGAGCUGAAGCACAGAGCCACACAGCAGCCCAACGAGCCCAAGUUCCAGAUCCACGACUACAUCGAGUCCCAGAAGCAGAAGACGGGCUGCUGCGGCAUGUAGCUGAGACACAGAGACACAAAGAAACAAAGAAACAAAGAUGGAGGCGGAAACGUCCUGAAACUAAAGCCAAUCCCAGCACCACCAAACCCAGAGCGGCGUCCUCGGCUGCUCGCCCUCCGAGCUGACCCCGGAUUGGCCGCCAUCCCUAAUCUGAAAUGUGAAUCAAACGAUCUCUUUUCUGUCAUGUGUAGAAAUGUUCGUGGUCUUUGUGGUGACAGUGUCAGGAGUUACAAUCUGAAAUGCUAUAUCCAUCUGCAGGGACCUUUACGUUUAUCGUUAAUCUGAGAAGUUACAGAGGUGUGGGAGGGGCGGGCCGGACCUCGAUCAAUGAUCACUGAUCAAUCGAUCGAUCAGUGUGGAGCUGAGGGUAAAAGUCUGCAGAGAAGUCAGGGACAGUUUCAUUAACAGGACCCCCCCCCAACUUUUGAUAAUGUCUUUUUAAUAAACAGGAAACAGACAAAGCGUCGCUCCUCCUCCCAUCAUAAAAAACACGAGGACAUAUUUAAAGGUUCUUUUUAACCCGUUAACUUCAGCCAAUCAAUGCAAACCUGAUCCAUGUUGGUCUAAACUCAUCAGACUGUGAAGGAUGAGGGUUCGGCCGUCUGCAGAGACUUACUGAGGCCAGACCAGCAGGAGAAAACCCGGGGGGCUCACUCACUGUUCCCGCUCUUACUGAGACCCUCUUUGAGUUCUGAGUAUCUCAUGUUUGUACGAGCACACCUGAGAAAAACAGCAGAAAAAAACACUCCUGCUGUAUCUGAAUAAUGCCUGAAGAGGGUAGAGCACCCCCCCCUCCUGUCUGAUGAUGUAAAGUCUGAGGCGGGGGGAGCAGCAGCACAGACCCUCAGGGUUCAGGACGGAGCAGCUUCAGUGACUAAAAUCAGACAGAGAUGAAGUUUCUGUUGAUGAGUGUUAAACAUAAAUCUGUUCCUCUAAAGUGAAGUUCUCUGAUUUCACCGUAGAUCCUCUUCGACCCUCUUUCCCCCUGAACUCAGACUCUGGUGUGGAUAUAGCAUUUUCACCUGCAGCUCUCAGUUAUUUUCAGACCGUGGUCUGGAUCCUUUUGGCCUUACAGACUCUCAGUCUCUCUCUCUCUCUCUCUCUCUCUUUUCUUUGAGUAUCCGUGUGUUUGAGAAGUCCAGACUUCAGCCUCACGCUCCGAUUGUAGCCAAAUGAUCCGUCUGUUCUCGUCUGUACUGCUCUUAGCUAGAAUAAAGCCGAUGUUUGAGGGCGCUCGCCCCCCUGUGUGUGUCUGUACGUUUGAUUCAGGGCCCAGGAACCUUCAUCCCCCCCAGAUACAGGUAUGAAACUUCACCAUCACCACCAUCAUCAUCAUCAUCAUUAUUAUUGUUGUUUUUCUUUGGGUAGAGGUUUCCCAGCAUGCAUAGAUAAACACACACACACACACACACUCUCUGGUGUCCCCCUCACUGAUGGAUGUGGUUGUGUAGACUGUACUGCAGCUGUAUUUGUUCAUGUAACGAUGUUCAUUCUGAAUGUUUGUGGCUCCGCCUCCUCUGAGGCGUCAUGUGAUCACAGAGGAAGUGCUUUGUUAUCGACAUCCUUCGAUAAAAGUCUAUUUUGUA